AUGGAAACCUACCCUGUGAUCUGUAUUGCGCCCUACCAUUAUGUUCAUAUUCUCAAUUUAAAAACAAAUGUUGUAGUCUCGAAAGCAGCUGUCCGUUUCAAUGCAUAUUCUGCCUUUUGUCACUGUGCACAGCGCUCUGCGUUUGCAGGCCAUAAUCUUAUUGAAGACAAGAUUAAGGGAACCACUGACAAAGAAUGGCUGUUUGAGGGCCCGUGUGUUUACUAUCUGCGUAAGGAAGUAAAGAUGUUGAAAACUGAGACGGCACAGAAAAUUGAGCCUACCAGCGCUUUGUGUUUGCGAGCCUUAAAAGAUUAUUUCGACCGCAGUGGCCUACCUCGGGUCUACGGGGAACAGUGGUUAGUAAAAAAAAGGCCGGAGCCUAUCUACCUGGACCAUAUGAAGAAGUCGUUGAGAAACGGACGGCCUACAAAUUACCAGAUAAAUCUACCCUAA